AUGGUUUUUUCUGUUCCGGUCCAUGUACAAAGGAAGACAACAGGCAACAUUCAUCAUGUUAAAUGUGAACUGGAGGAAUGCUGCCAAUUCCACCUUUUUGCUCAGAGAAGUGGAUUGCCUUUUAGUCAGUGUGAACAUCUCCGCUCACUUGAUUAUUGCCAUGACACUGCUUUUGAAGAUAUCUUAAAUCCCAUUGUUCUAGAUGAAAUGGUGGCCCUUAAAUUUUUUGGGAAUGAAAAGAAAGCAGUUUGCCUAAAACGGCAAAAAGCAGCACGGGCAGCUUGUGUCCCAUUUUCUGUUUUGGUGGAAUUUGGUGGCUCCAAUAAGCAGAUUACGCUAUCCAUACAUGAGCCUACAAUACAUUAUUAUAGCCGUCUCGGUAGAGUCAUGGUCUGCUAUAAUUCGACUGAUGGCAAUUGGCACUGUCCCUGUGCAAAGGCUCGCACAUCCUGUACUCACAAAAACAUUGGUAAAUGGCACUUGUUUCAAAUUAAUAGAGACUUGUUCAAGACUGGACCAUCUAAAUCAGCAGAUGCACAAACAAUGCAAGUGGGUAUUCAUGUGCCCAACAUUGAUUUGCAAAGAAGUGUGCAAUAUGUCUUUGAUGAAAAAAAAAUACCAGCUUUCCUCCCAGAUGCAAUAAGCAAACCCAAGUCAUUACUUGAGUAUCCUACACAGUUGUGUCCUGUGGAAACAACAUGUACAUUUUGUUCUGAACAAACUGUACUUGAAAUGCCUCUGUUGGUCACAAAAAAGGCCAAAAUUGCAACAAUGGCAGGUGUAAUGCACGAUGUUUGGGUCUACACAAGAAGAUGCCCAGUAUGUCAUGUGCUUUACAGGUACCAGGAGUGGCAGGACGGACUGCACAAUUUUGAUAAUCACUUGUUUCUAAGUCUUGAACUUUGUCUGUACCUUAGACAAGGGUUGCAGAAUCAUAUUUCAACUUCUAGGGCCAUCAACACUUUGGAAGGCCUCAGGGGAGUCCAAUACCCAAACAGAGACAGCCUUCUCCAUGGUUACUUGCAUUUUGAAGCAUUAACAGAUAAUGACUACAGUUAUUCAUGUGUAAACUGUGGAUACCAUCCCCCAGUUGUUAUCAUGGACCUUCAUAAAAAAGGUGUUUUCGGCUUAGCAGUGAGUGACCUCAAAGAGCCACCUGGUGAAUUCAAAGGCGAAGUGGACAUUGAACAGUUCUGGCGAUCUGUUUGUCUUGAGAUGGUUGCACGUGGAUUUUUUCCAAGUCGUGCGCAGAACCCUUUUUCAGUGGAACCCACCUAUGAGAACUGGGCUCCAUGGAUUGGUAAACAUACAAGGAAAGCCCAAAUAGUACUCAAUACUGAAUAUGAGAAAGUAACAACUUCAAAGAGUGCUCCAGAAGAAGCACAGAUCAUUAAUUUAUCCGAAGAUCGUCUUGUGGAUGAGUUAAUGAAGCAGAAGGUUGGAGUUGUCAGAAAACUCUGCAGGGCCUGCAAUAUUGAUUCCAGGGGUUCACGCAUGGACAUGUUAUCAAGGUUACGAGCAGAGAUGAGAACACGUCAAUGUUAUGACAAGAUUUUCCAAAAAAUCUGGGGGGCAUCAGGUGGAUGGUCAGUCAUAUUAUGUCCACAUGGUGUUGUGUAUAGCCUGAAGUUUAAUUUGAGAGCUGAGAGUCCUAGGGACUAUGCCGACCUCCUUUUCUCUUGGAGACACCUGCCCAACGUUUCUGUGUACGACUUUGCACGAGGUCUUGCAACACAUGGAAAUUUACGCAUGCCAUCUUCAAUCCCAUUCCAACCACAUGAAGGAAGACUUGCCAAAUCAACACAGGAAAACAUUGACUCAGCAAAGCAGGGUAGACUGAAGAUAUCUCUUCCUUGGUUGACUGAGAAGUCAGAAAAUCCAAGUCCACAAAGCCACCCCGUCACUGGAUCAGCUGAUCACUAUGUUCUUUACGACAGACUUCACGAGUCAAACACAAAAGACCCUCAGGAUGUAUUGAGACGAAUUAAUUUGGUUCCAGAGCUACAAGGAUGGCUAAACAGUCAAGUUGUGGAGCAGUUCUUUGCAAACUUACGGAAAAGCAACUACUUUCUCAACAAUAUGGCAGCCUCAACACACAUCUUCAUGAUGCGCAACAUAGUCCAUUACAAAAACACAACAACAAACAAGAAGAUUUUGGAGCUCCAGUUACAGCGUGGUCACAGAUCUCAUGACAUUGCAAACAUCACCUUCUCUGACUUAGGACAGUCCCCACAGUGAAGCAUGGCGGUGGCAGCAUCAUGCUGUGGGGGUGUUUUUCAGCUGCAGGGACAGGACGACUGGUUGCAAUCGAGGGAAAGAUGAAUGCGGCCAAGUACAGGGAUAUCCUGGACAAAAACCUUCUCCAGAGUGCCAAGGACCUCAGACUGGGGCCGAAGGUUUACCUUCCAACAAGACAAUGACCCUAAGCACACAGCUAAAGUAACGAAGGAGUGGCUUCACAACAACUCUGUGACUGUUCUUGAAUGGCCCAGCCAGAGCCCUGACUUAAACCCAAUUGAGCAUCUCUGGAGAUACCUAAAAAUGGCUGUCCACCAACGUUUACCAUCCAACCUGACAGAACUGGAGAGGAUCUGCAAGGAGGAAUGGCAGAGGAUCCCCAAAUCCAGGUGUGAAAAACUUGUUGCAUCUUUCCCAAGAAGACUCAUGGCUGCAUUAGCUCAAAAGGGUGCUUCUACUAAAUACUGAGCAAAAGGUCUGAAUACUUAGGACCAUGUGAUAUUUCAGUUUUUCUUUUUUAAUAAAUCUGCAACAAUUUCAAAAAUUCUUUUUUUUGUCUGUCAAUAUGGGGUGCUGUGUGUACAUUAAUGAGGAAAAAAAUUAAUUUAAAUGAUUUUAGCAAAUGGCUGCAAUAUGACAAAGAGUGAAAAAUUGAAGGGGGUCUGAAUACUUUCCGUACCCACUGU